AUGUAGUAAGGAGAGAAAUUAGAAUUUAGGUGUCCAAAAGAAAUUCAUAAUGGCUAUGCAAAAUUUGUAUGUUUGAAUGAAUUCUGUACCAAUAGUAGAAUUUUUUGUUUUGAAUGUAUAAAGAAAGGUGAUCAUAAUACUCAUAUCAAAGAUUAAUAUGAAAUUGAUAAACUAUUUUAAUUUUUUGAUAGCCAAAAGAAAAAAACAGAAGAAUUAAUAUAAAAAUUAUAGUUGAUCAUUGUUGCAAUCACUAAUUAAUUUUCUUAAUUAGAAUAAAGAUUGAAAAUUAAAUGUUGUUUCUCAACAGCAGAAGUAUCAAAAUUUGAUACAUAAAGACUAAAUCAAGCAUUAAAUUAAAUGAUAAAAUAUAAUGAUAUUACUAAGAACAUAUUAUAAGAUAUUAAUUAAAGUAGUAAUGCUUUAUUUGAUUAAAUAAAUAAAUAUACUAAUGAAUUUACAUUAGAUGAAACAGACAAAUAGAACUAAGCUUAUUUAAAAAUAUAGUAAGUUAAUGAAUUAUUUGAAUAAGGUAUUAAAACAAUUAUUAAUUUUUAGGUUAAAAAUUAUAUGAAAUAGAGAAAUAUCAAGAAGCAAUAGAAUAUUUUGAUAAAGCACUAUAAAUUAAUCCAAAUGAUUGUUAAUCUUUGCAUUCAGCAUGUAAAACAAUCAUCCAUAAAUGUUUUAGCUAAAUGCUUAACAAUGAUUAAAAAUUACAAGGAUGCAAUUAUUAAAGCUGAUAAAAUACUCUAAAUAGAUUAAAAUAAUCCAUAAUAUUUAUGUAUAAAAGGUAAACAAACCCUUUAAAUCUUUUAGCUGAAAUUUUAAGAUGUCAAUAAAGAUAUGAAGAAGCAAUUUUAUAUUCUGAUAAGGCUCUUUCAAUAAAUUCAAAGCAUCUAUUUUCCAUAAACAAUAAAGGUAUGUAAAUCUUAUUUAAUAUAUUAGCUGAUUGUUUAAAAAUGCUUAAAAAAUAUGAGGAUGCUAUUUUCUGGGCUGAUGAAGCUCUUUAAAUAGAGUAAAAGAAUCUUUUCCCCUUGACUGUAAAAUGUAAGCAAAUAUUAUAAAAUAUAUUAGCUCAAAGUUUAAAAAUGAUUGGGUAAUACAAUGACGCAAUUAUAUGGGCUAAUAAAGUUUUAUUUAUUAAUGAAGAUGAUAUUAACUCAUUAAUUACAAAAAGUAUGUGAAUCUUAUAAAAUAUAUUAGUUGAAUGUUUAAUCAAGAUUGGAAAAUAUAAUGAUGCCUUUAGAUGUCUUAAUACAGCAUUAUAAUUAUAUCCAGAAAAUUUAACUUUAAAAUAAUUAAAUAGUAAUUGUUAUUUUUAAUAAUAGUUUAAUUAUUAACUAUUUAGAAUUAAAAUAAUCAAGCUAAUUAAAGUUUACAACAAAUUGAGAAAAAUUUGAUUGCUCCUUUUUUUUAAUUAAUCAAAAAUAAAAAAUGA